GGCCGUGCCCUGUGCCGGGUGCUCUGAAUUCAUCGCUUGUGUUCUGGGUUUUGGCAGCUCUGAAGGAGCCCAGACCUCCCCCUGCCAGGAGCCGAUGCCAUGGAAGGGGAUCAGCCCCCUCUGACUGCAGAAGAGCUGACAACCCCCUUCCUGAAGAAGGCUCACCCUCCACCUCUCCAUGAGGAUGCCAACACCGUGGUCAUCGCAGUUGUCAUCACGUUGGUGUUCCUCACCCUGCUCACGGUCCUGGUGGUGAUCAUCAUCUACCUGUACAGAAACAAAGGGAGCUACCUCACCUACGAGCAGCCGGCAGCAGAGGCUGACGUGGCGGUGCAGAUGGAGGAUGCUCCAGCCAAAGAGAAGGAGGAGUAUUUCAUCUAAGGCCCGGCUCCAGCGCACACCUCUCGUGCUCUCGGGGCCGAACUUGCUGGAGUUGGGGAUUUCCAAGCUGCUUCUUAAUUCUUUGCCUUAAUUUAUUAAGCCAAGCAUGGAAGGAACCCCCCCCCCAGAGCUCUGCCCAUCACUGCCUGCCCGGAGCACACCAAGGGCAGGAGGAGAGCAGCAUCCCCCCAGCCUCUCCCUGCAGUGCCUUUGAAUACAACCCAGUGACAAAGUGAGGAGUCCCUGUUAUUUUCUUUGCCCUUAGCUCAAAACCCACAUUAAG